GUAUUUUUGUGGUAAAAUAAAUCCAAAUUCAAACCAUUUGUGGAGUAGGCUUAAAAAACUGGCUCAUACGAAAGAACCCAACCCGAUCAGACCCGACCAAAAGCACUAACCUCCAGCCGGCGUCAUCUUGACUAUAGUUCAUGGGCUAGCAGUUGUGGACUGUGGUUAGGUGGAUUGAAGUGAAAAGGCGGAAAAAUGGAAAUGAGAAAAAGCAACGAUCUUUGUCUCUUUUCUGUAUUGAAGCCGAAGAUCUAUUCGUGUGAUGGAAAUAAAUACUCAGCUUUGCCGACUGCGAUAAAUUGGGAGCUUUCUUUGAUUUGAAUAAGCGAUUUUCCUCAUAAAUCACCAAUUGCAGAUGGAAUUGGACUUGCAAACUAAUACACUAGUAUCACCUCAUUCUAAUUUGCCUGGUCACGUCAAUAAUGGCUCGACAAAUGAUCGUGUAGAAAUGCCUGAGGCAUGUGGUCUUUGUGGAAGAACUCUAUCAUUGGAGGAUGAAAAUAAUAGUGGUCUCCAAAGUGUCAACAUAUGUGAUGACUGUAAAUUUUUGCUGGUUGAAGAUUUUGGCACCCCAGCACACAACUCUCUUCGAAGAAGGGUCUCUGGAGGAAGGUCAAUUAAUGGAAGUUCUGAGGUCAUUGAAAAUUUCUCACAACAGUUCUCACAAAUAAUUAGCCUAGCACGACAUACUGAGCCUGAGCAUGAAGAUGUUCGUGGAGAUACCGAUCCUAAUGUGAUGGUACUGCAGCCGGCUAGUUCUAAUACAACACCUAAUGGUUCUAGUAGAUGGCGGAGACUAUUUUCUGAGACAGGAAGUGAAGGAUUCAACUCCGAUUCGUUUUAUGGAGAGAGUGAAUCUAAUGUCAGCGUUGGUGGACACAGGAUUUAUCAUAGUAAUAGUGAUGCUCUGUCAUUUAGUACUUAUGAAGGUGACUCUGGUGUUUCAAUUGAUGAUCAUACCUACUUUGACAUAGACUUAUUUGUCCAAUCUAUGGAGAGAAGUGAUAUUGACAGUGACACUGAUAUUGAUCCAAUGCAUGCUGGUAUUGUGCACUGGAAUUCUGAUGAGGAUGAAGUAGAAGAUGGUGAGUGGGAAGAAAUUGAUGCUGAGGAGAAUACAGUUAGGCCUCGUGAAAUUCGAGCUCAUAUUGAUUCAAGUGCUGGCAAUGAUUAUUUUGUUGAACAUAGUAGAACAGAUUCUUCUGAGUUUGAGAGGAUGAUUCGCCGGAGAAUUAGGGAAGUUAGGGACCUCCAGAUUCCCAGCAUCCCUGCAAGCAUGGAAGUGUUUGGUGAAGCACCAUAUAGUGGUGAUCCUGCAAAUUAUCUUGAUUCUUUAGUAUUUGAAGAAUUUUUGGAUCAUCUUACUGAGACUGAUAAUGCAAGAAGAGGAGCACCUCCUGCAGCUGUGUCUUUCAUUGAUAAACUGCCCCUCGUAGUCAUUACUGAUGAGCAUCUGAAACCUGAUGGCUUGGCUUGUGCAAUCUGUAAAGAUUUGUUGAUGAUUGGCAUUGAAGUGAAUCAGCUGCCCUGCUGUCACCUAUACCAUCCAUCCUGUAUAUUGCCGUGGUUGAGUGCGAGGAAUUCUUGCCCCCUUUGUCGAUAUGAACUCCCAACCGAUGACAGAGAUUAUGAGCGAGGCAAGCGCCACGCUAGCCAUAGAAUGUUCAGUUCUGAAAUCCAGGAGGGUAGGGAUGAUGGUUUUUCAGUUGCCACUGAUACAAGUGAAGUGGAUGAAUCUCAAGAUUUUGCUGCUGCAUUGGGUGAUUUAGGUCCUCCGGCAAUUAUUUCACACACCAAUGGUAGGAGGGGAGGGUGGUUAUUCUCGGCAGCCGCUCCUAUAUUUGGCCUAGCAGGAAUUGUCUUGGUGCUUUGGUUGGGCAAUUCUCUAGCUGGAAGUUCAAAUGGGCAAACUAAUUCAAAUGGAUGGCCUCCACAACCCAUCCAACCUUCUGGCUCAGGCUCCCGCAAUGAGCGGGAAAAGAGGUGGUGGUGGUGGUUUUAGUCAUGCGGAGUGUAAAAGAUGCUGAAAGCUACUGCUUCUGCUCUUGUCCAUAACUGUAAGAAUGGGAUACUACUGCCAUAGUGUCAUAUGUUCAUUGUAGGAUUCAUCGCUUCAGUUCUCACUUCUCAGAGUCAUCAGGUUUUGAAUCAACGUUUGCUAAUGCAACUUUUAGUCUGUCUGUCUGUCUGUCUGAGCCUGCAAAAUAUAGACAGGGUUCUGUAAAAUUAUGAUUUUGCUGAUUGUAAAGGGUCUUUUGUACAGAACAUAGAUUUGCUCCGUAGCCUGAAACUAUCUGAUUUCUUUAUUUCACUCAAGAAACCUGGGCAAUGCUGCCAUUUUUCGUUAGGGUAGAUCAUUGUUCAUGUGGCACUCUCUACAUCCAGAUUAAAUUUUUCUUUAUGAUUUGAAUA